UUGCUCUUUCGGUCCAAACUAUCUCUGACAAAAAUCCAAAAGCUCCUCAUGUUCAAUCUGGAACAAAAUCCAUGAGACGACAUGUGGUGGUAUUGACAUGGCUCAACACUCUCAAGAGCACUAUGCCAAACCUUCUUCAGAUAACCAAUGGCGACACAGAAACCUCAGAAACCUCUCAAGUUGGCGUGAAUCCGUCUGAAAUACCAACUGGUGACUCGCUUGAUGAACUCCGGAAAAUUAUCAUUGACAUGAUAAUGUCGUAUACAAUCUUCCAGGAGCAUUCCCAAGACCAAUUCAAUCCUUGCAAAAAAAAGAAAACCAACAACUCAAAAUCUCAAGCCGUGGCUUUAGAUAAUACCGGUGAAGAUCACAAAUCCCUAGCCAGCAUUGAAAGUCGCCACAACCAUUUCCCAUUCAUCUCGUUUCUCCUCUCAGGUGCUCGCGGGAUAUUCACUGCAACUCGCGAUCACCGGCAAUAUACUAUCAGUGAUUCUAUCGAAGUCUUACACUUCAUUCAAGAAAUCCAUUCCAGAUCUCAAGAUAAAUCUUCAGCUGAAGAAGACAUAUGGGCUAAUUUGGGAAAUUACAUUUGCCAAAUCCUCUUAUCUGUUCAUGAAAACCAGGAUGAUGUAACCAAAAUAAUUAUUCCUACCAGGCAUAAUUUGGCAAAAUGUGUUGCUCAUGAUUAUAUCAAUUAUACCACCAAAGAUUCCAAUUUAUUUAACAUUCCACCAACCCCUCGUCUUCAAUAG